AUGCCGACCAAAAAGCCCGCUUACUGCCAAAAGAGGGGCUUCUCUUCGAAAGACUUGCACGUUACGAUUGUCGACGUCCCAGAGAAGACUCCUGUCCUUUCUGCCUUUGCUUACAAGCUCAAGCCUCUCCCAAUGGACUCGCAGCUGCACCUUCAAGAUGGGGUUGAAGCCGCGGUGGAAGAGUACGCCAACCAUCGUGAUGUGACCAUGCUUGUCACCCUUCCUGGAUUUGUGUAUUGGCCGAAGGAUCAGUUUGUCGAUUUCAUUGGGUUUUGCCAGUUCCACGGAGAGGUCAAGCGUCUCUGCAGUGCCACUUCCGACUGCAUUGUUCUCAUGACCCACACUGACUACACUGUCACCAUCCGCAUCUUCGGAAACGACAAGAUGAUGGAAGCAACCACCGAAUCGGCCGACGAGUCUUUCGAUUCCUUUGAAGAGCUGGAAGGCCUCACCCAAGAUAUUUUGCCCGCCAUGAAGAUGUCCCCCAUGCCUAAGAAGCGUUACAACUAA